AUGGCUCAAGCUACUUACAGCGGGACAGGGGGGAGACCCGACUUGCACAAGCAGUCCGGCUUUGACAAGGAGUUCCUGGACGCCCACAAUGACUACAGAAAGAAGCACGGGGCCCCUCCCCUGACCCUGAGCCGGGAGCUGAGUAAGACAGCGCAGGCCUGGGCCGACCACCUGCUGUCAAUCAAAACCCUGCAGCACAGCGAGACCGAGAACGGCGAGAACGUCUACUACGCCUGGAGCUCCGCCCCCAAGAAGCUCACAGGGAAGGAGGCAGUGGACAGCUGGUACAGUGAGAUCAAGGACUACGACUUCAACAACCCUGGAUUUCAAAGCAACACUGGUAAGAUCCAACAGGAUGCCCCCCGCCCCUCCCCGUCCCCCGGCUACUUCGAGAAGAACGUGUUGCCACCAGGGGCGAAGCCACCAGUGGGCGCCAGCAAGGGCGCAGGACUGAAGCCCCAACCAGGGCAGAGAAAUGGGCAGCAGGCUGAUGGCAGUGCCCCUGCAAAGUUUUGGGGAGACACACAUCGUGCCAGCUGUCCCCCAGCGCCGCUGCAGGCGUGUCACUGUGACGUGUGCUUCUGUUUUCCAGCGGGAGAGACCGGGGGGCCGGCGAAGCCCCCCGUCAGGAGCAAAAGCCCCUCCCAGAUCCAACAGGAUGCUCCCCGCCCCUCUCCCUCCCCCGCCGACACCUCCCGCUUCCAGAAUGAGGCGCUGGAGGCCCACAACGCCCGGCGGCGGCUGCACGCGGCCCCCCCGCUGCGGCUGGACCCCGCCCUGUGCCGGCAGGCGCAGGAGUGGGCCGAUCGCCUGCUCUCUCUGCGGGUGCUGCAGCACAGCGACACCGGCCUGGGGGAGAACAUCUGGCACAAGUGGAGCUCCAACAGGGCCGAGGCCUCCGGAGAGGAAGCCGUGGAGUCCUGGUACGGCGAGAUCAAGGACUACGACUUCAGCAGGCCGGGCUUCUCCACCAACACAGGCCACUUCACCCAGGUGGUGUGGAGAGACUCUCAGGAGCUGGGCAUCGCCAAGGCGACGGACGGGAAAGGGAUGGCGUUUGUGGUGGCGCGGUACCAGCCGGCCGGGAACAUCACCAACGCGGGCUACUUCGAGAAGAACGUGCUGCCACCAGGGGCGAAGCCUCCGGAGGGCGCCAGCAGGGGCGCAGGACUGAAGCCCCAACUUCAGAGCCGCCCAGGGGAGAGAAAUGGGCAGCAGGCGGAUGGCAGCGCCCCUGGGAAGGAGCCAGUGGACAGCUGGUACAGCGAGAUUAAGGACUACAACUUCAGCAGGCCUGGCUUUCAAAGCAACACUGGGCACUUCACCCAGGUGGUGUGGAAGUCUUCGCUGGAGGUGGGCGUGGGGCAGGCCACGGAUGGGAACACCGUCUUUGUGGUGGGCCAGUACAGCCCGGCGGGGAACAUCAGCAACCCGGGGUACUUCGAGAAGAACGUCCUGCCCCUGGGCACCCCAGGUAACCCCACAUGGAGCACGAUAAAUAAGGAGAAAUGGAUGCACGUAGUGGCAAUGCAUGGCUUAGUACUCCUGUUACAGUGGGAUAGCAAACGGUUCUUUCUAGUUUCUUGCAAGCCACAGUUGUCAUUAUAUCAAGAGAACAUUUUCUUCCAAGAUCUUUACAAAAGUCACUUCACUCAGCUGGUAUGGCGCUCCUCGCAGGAGCUAGGCGUGGGGCUGGCCAACAGUGGGACAGGCUCGGUCAUUGUGGUGGCGCAGUUCCAUCCGGCAGGAAACAUCACCAACCCUGGCUACUACAGCCGCAAUGUCUUGCCCAAGGGGUCGAAGGUGACCGACGAGCCCAGAGAAGAGGAUUCUGGGGAGAAAGGGGCAGGACAUCCCGUUGUCACUCUGCCAGUGUACGAUACGGUCGCAGCCUUUAAUAACAGGUCUGAGAAACCGGGCCUGCGGUUCCCCUUUAAUACGUGUGCGAUAUCUAGCAUGACAUACAUGAGAGUUCAUCUGUUCGCAGGUUCAGAGGUGGCCGAGUCCUGGUACAAGGAGAGCAGCAAAUACGACUUUGGCUCUCCGGGUUUCAAGAGCGGAACAGGGAACUUCUCCCAGAUGGUGUGGAAGUCCUCCAGGGAGGUGGGCACCGGCCUGGCGACGGAUGGGGCGGGCAUGUUCAUCGCUGUGGUCUUCUUCAGCCCCGCCGGCAACAUCACCAACAAGGGCUACUUUGAAGACAACGUGAAACCCAAGGGAACCAGGAUCUAGGGAAUAAGGACCUAGGGAAUUAGGGUCUAUAGAACCAGGGUCUUGGGAAUUAGGGUCUAUAGAACCAGGGUCUUGGGAAUUAGGGUCUGGAGAACAGGGUCUUGGGAAUUAGGGUCAGGGGAACCAGGGUCUAGAGAACAAGGGUUUGGGGAAUUAGGGUCUGGGGACCUGCAGGCAGAUGGGGAAGGGGGUCGAGCCCCAACAGGAACAGUUUCGGACAGCCUGUCCCUCCUGUACUCAGGCUCCUGUAGACUGUUCGAACCCGCCCCAGCCAUGAGAACCUGCCUUUAAAGUAGGGAAGCAGUUUAACCCAGAGCUACUGAAAGUACUACCCUUGCGUUCCAGUCCACAAAUACCAUUAGCAUCUCAGCUGUGUAACAGAUCCUGCUGGUAAUUCAUUCAUUAUGGAUUUGUAGUAGGAAAGGUAUAGACACUGAUUCAAAAUGAGCCACUGAUGUGCUAAAAAGCUUUUCAUUGCUGAUGUGGCAAGUUGUGGUGUACAGUUAAUGCUAAUAAAGUAAACAGGAGAUCUACAUUAUAUAUAAUAGAGAGUGAUGGAUCAUUAGGUUGAUACAGUGAUGGAUCAAACGAUUGAUACAGGCCAACAGCUGAAAUGAAAGGCUGGCUGCUGUCUUUAUUUAGACAGAUUGAUGGCUGUCAGGGUAGGGUUUGCUGUUUCUGCUUGGUGUUUAAUUUGGGGAAAAGGGAAGAAUCUCAUCUGUUUUUUUUUCCAUGCUGCCGAGUCACUUGCAUGUCUGCAUGGACUCAUUUUCAGAAAGCAAUGUCUUGAAGCGACUAUUUUCAUACAGGUACACUGGGAUAUGUAGACAUGCUUUGUGUACAAUUGUGAUCGUUAAACAUGAAGGAUGGGAGUGUGAUUUGACACGUCCUGAACGUGCUUGAUGAAUGCGGUUUUGUCUAAAACCUCUGUGCUGCUUUCGUGGUUUGGUUUUCAGGAUUAUUUUCUCUUUGAAUGUAAUGUUAUUGUAUUUUGAUUUUUAAAUAAAGAAAAAAAAAGAUACGAUCAA